AUGGCCGAGUAUCAAGCCCAGAAUAAAGCCAAGCUCAUCUCUGACGUCCGACGGAGGUUCGAAGCUGAGUAUGUGACAGAUAAGUCAGAUAAGUAUGAUCCACGUGAUGUUGAAAGACUACAACAAGAUGAUAACUGGGUUGAAAGUUACUUAUGUUGGAGGCAUAAUGUUGUAGAUGAAACAUUGAAGAUGCUUGAUGAGAGUUUUCAGUGGAGGAAAGAAAUGUCUGUCAAUGACCUGACUGAAGCCUCCAUUCCCAGGUGGUUAUUGGAAAUUGGUGGUAUUUAUCUCCACGGUUAUGACAAAGAAGGCAACAAGUUGUUCUGGAUCAGGGUGAAGUACCAUGUAAAAGACCAGAAGACCAUAUUGGACAAAAAGAAGCUUAUUGCGUUCUGGUUGGAGCGGUACGCUAAGAGAGAAAAUGGGAAACCUGUAACAGUGAUGUUUGACCUGUCAGAGACUGGAAUAAAUAGCAUAGACAUGGACUUUGUACGCUUCAUCAUCAACUGCUUUAAGGUUUAUUACCCUAAAUACCUCUCAAAAAUGGUGAUCUUUGAUAUGCCUUGGAUAAUGAACGCUGCUUUCAAAAUUGUGAAAUCCUGGCUUGGUCCAGAAGCAGUGAGUUUGUUGAAGUUUACAAGUAAAAAUGACAUCCAAGACUAUGUCAGUGUAGAAUACCUGCCUCUUCACAUGGGCGGAACUGAUCCUUUCAAGUAUAGCUAUCCACCACUUGUAGAUGAUGACUUCCAGACACCGUUGUGUGAAAAUGGGCCUAUUGCCAGUGAGGAUGAAGCUUCAAGUAAAGAAGAUAUAGAAAGUGAUGGCAAAGAAACCUUGGAAACAAUUUCUAAUGAAGAACAAACAGCUCUUCUUAAAAAGGUUAACAUAAUUGAACCUACUUUCAAAGCAGAAGAGAAUGAAAAAGUUGAUUCCAAAAUGAAAGCUUUCAAGAAACCAUUGAGUGUGUUUAAAGGGCCUUUAUUACACAUCAGCCCCGCGGAAGAACUGUAUUUUGGAAGUACAGAAUGUGAAGAGAAGAAAGCUUUAAUAACAUUGACAAAUGUAACAAAAAACAUAGUGGCAUUUAAGGUGAGAACAACUGCUCCAGAAAAGUACAGAGUCAAGCCAAGCAACAGCAGUUGUGACCCGGGUGCAUCAGUUGAUAUAGUUGUGUCUCCCCACGGGGGUUUAACAGUCUCUGCCCAAGACCGUUUUCUGAUAAUGGCUGCAGAAAUGGAACAGUCAUCUGGCACAGGCCCAGCAGAAUUGACUCAGUUCUGGAAAGAGGUUCCCAGAAGCAAAGUAAUGGAGCAUAGGUUAAGAUGCCAUAUUGUUGACAGCAUUAAGCCAACCACUCUUACAUUAAAACACCAUGCCUUUAACACGUCAGAUAAAACCAGUGAAGAUCUCUAUCUACAGCUCAGUCGUUUACUAGAAAGCAAUAGGAAGCUUGAAGACCAAGUUCAGCGUUGUAUCUGGUUCCAGCAAUGGCUGCUUUCCUUAACGGUGGUCUUGCUUGCUUUUGUCAUCUCUCUCUUCUAUUUGUUGUACAGUUAA